CUCGGCGAUGGAGAACCCGAGCUUGCUCAGCGAGCUUUUGCCGAUCGACGAGCUCCAGCUGGACCGCGACAUUGCCUACUACUUGACGUCGGACGUGCGCAUGAACGCGCAGCCGUUCGAGAUGCACGCACCGCGCCCGAUGGCCACGUCGCCGUCGUCGCAGAGCCCGAGCGAGUCGGAGCCCGGGAAGGAGGAGUCGAUUAGCCAAAAGUACCGUCGUCGCCAAAAAGAGGAGCUCAAGCAUUUGCAAGAGCAAGUUGCACAGCUCAGCGGGCAUUUGUCCGUGCUGACCAACGUCAAGGCGCUCGAGGCCGAAGGCGGCUCCGAGUGGGAGCGAAUGGCGCGCAACCAAAAGCUCAACUCGCAGCGCGCGCUCUCGGAAAACAGCCGGCUCAAGCGCGCGCUCGAGGAGCAGCUCAAGAUUGCACAGGCCCUCGACCAGCUCCUCAUCAAACGGCCACGCCUCGCGACGUUUCCGACCUUGGACCUCGACGACUGGAAGCUUCGGAAGCUCAGCGCCGACAUGGACCGCCGAAGGAGCUCGUUUCACGCGCUUGUCGACGAUGCGCACGAGCAAGUUGACGCGAUGCUGCUGCGCGCGGGUCUCAUGGAAGCGUCCGAAGACACGCGGCAUCUCAACGUGACGGUCAACGCCCGCGGUGACUCGAUCGUGCUCGAGGCCCACAGUCUCCGGUACCGCGACUGCAAUUUCAUCUCGAACGGCAUGAAGUGCUGGGCUGUCUUCAACCACCGCGAAGGCAUCGUGCUGCCCAACAACGCGACCCUCGAGGUGCUCGAGCAAAUCGACGAAAACUCGGUUUACGUUCGCAUCACGUCGUAUCUGGAUAAGAUGACGCCGUUCAUCCAGACGCUCGGCGCGGUCAAGCGCUACAUUGAGAACGACCGCAUCGUCUUUGUGCUGCAGACAGUCUUGGACGACGAAGUGCACCCGCACCAGCUCGGCUUUUACAUUGGCAACAUGACGGCCACGGUCGUCGUCGUACCCCAAGGCCCGUAUCGAUCCAUGCGCCGCUUGUGUCUCUCGGGCCAGCUGCCGCUGGAGCCGCCCAAGCAAAACCCGCUGUGCGCGAGUCCACGAAGCCUCAUUUGUGAUGUGUUUUUGAAUCACUUGCGGACGACGUUUGAUGCGCUCGAGCACCUCAUGGGCUAGCUCUUCUACACUUAUAUAACACACACAUCGUACUAUUAAAGAAACUCGGUCGUCCAAGACGCAUGCACAUCGC